UUUGUUAAGAUAAGUGUGGAGUUAAAGCAGGCGGCGAAGGAAGGCAAUGCAUGAUUGUCCAACUCCGUUCAACUCCGUUCAUCAACUUUUGUGAAGUGUUUAUUUGGGUUUUGGCGAUCUGUCCAACUCCGUUGAUCAAGAAGAGAGAGAAAGAGAAUGGAAAAACAGAAGAGUUUUCGUGGAUUUAUGGAAAAACAGAAAAGUUUUCGGGUGGUGAUGGAGAGACAGCUGAGCUUCAUGGGACCCAGUGAGAGGAAGAAGAGUAAGGAGUCACCUGGGAAACGCGGUGACUUACCCAUUCAUUUAGCUGCUCGCUCUGGGAACUUGACUAGAGUCAAAGAGAUACUUGAUGAUGAUGCUGCUGCUGCUUUGUUGUUGUUGUCAAACCAGAACCUUGAGGGGGAGACCCCUCUUUACUUGGCUUCAGAAAACGGACAUCAUCUCGUCGUUGCCGAGAUACUUAAAUACUUGGACUUGCAUACUGCUUCUAUUGUUGCCAGAAAUGGCUACGAUCCUUUCCAUGUUGCUGCUAAGCAGGGUCAUCUUGAGGUGCUCAGGGAGCUGCUUCACUCUUUUCCCAACUUGGCCAUGACUACCGAUUUGGCCAAUUCAACUGCUUUACACACAGCUGCUACCCAAGGUCAUAUUCAUGUCGUCAAUCUCCUUUUGGAAUCUGAUUCUAAUCUUGCUAAAAUAGCCAGGAACAAUGGUAAGACUGUCCUUCACUCUGCCGCCAGAAUGGGUCAUUUACAAGUUGUCAAAGCCUUACUAACCAAGGAUCCUAGCACUGGAUUUAGGACUGAUAAGAAAGGUCAAACUGCACUACACAUGGCUGUCAAAGGCCAAAAUCAAGACAUUUUGCUCGAAUUGAUCAAACCUGACCCCGCUGUUUUAAAUCUAGAGGAUAAUAAAGGAAAUACAGCAUUGCAUAUUGCCGCAAACAAGGGCCGUACUCAGAAUGUCCGCUGCUUGUUAUCAACGGAGGGUAUUAACAUCAAUGCUACAAACAAGGCGGGAGAGACUCCUCUUGACAUUGCAGAAAAAUUUGGAAGUCCAGAUCUUGUCUCCAUAAUGAGGGAUGCUGGGGCUGUUAAUUCCACUGACCAAGGGAAGCCUCCAAAUGCAGCAAAACACCUUAAGCAGACUGUGAGCGAUAUAAAGCAUGAUGUGCAAUCCCAGCUCCAACAGACACGGCAGACGGGCAUGAGAGUCCAGAAAAUUGCAAAGAAGCUGAAAAAACUCCACAUAAGUGGCCUGAACAAUGCUAUAAACUCUGCUACUAUUGUUGCGGUUCUCAUUGCUACAGUUGCUUUUGCAGCCAUAUUCACUGUCCCGGGUCAAUAUGUUGAAGAGAAAGAGCAGGGCCUUUCACUUGGACAAGCAAAUAUAGCAAACAAUCCAGCUUUCCUGAUAUUUUUUGUGUUUGAUAGCCUGGCAUUAUUCAUCUCUUUGGCUGUAGUGGUGGUUCAAACUUCAGUUGUUGUGAUUGAGCAAAAGGCAAAGAAGCAGCUUGUUUUUGUCAUUAACAAACUCAUGUGGCUGGCUUGCCUUUUCAUUUCCAUUGCAUUUAUUUCUCUCACUUACGUGGUAGUAGGAUCACACUCAAGAUGGCUUGCUAUAUAUGCUACAGUGAUUGGAAGCUUCAUAAUGCUCUCUACAAUUGGUUCCAUGUGCUACUGUGUGAUUCUGCAUAGGAUAGACGAGACAAAAUUGAGGACUGAGAGCCGAUCUUUCUCCAUGUCGCAUGCAUCAGACCAGGAGAUUUUAAACGGUGAAUACAAGAGGAUGUAUGCACUAUAGGAUUAUAUAUGCUAUUGUGUCAUAUGAGUGGUUGGUGAAUACAAGAGGAUGUAUGCACUAUAGGAUUAUAUAUGCUAUUGUGUAAUAUGAGUGGUUGGUUGCUACCAAGCGAUAACAGAUUAUGCAAAGACAAACUAUGAUGUAUGCUAGACUACAGAAACUGUCCACAAAUAAAGUAGAAAGGAUCGUGUGUUGUCAAAUAUAGUACGAUAUUAGUGAAAUGAUACCAACACUUUACUUUAGCAAUCUGUAAAAUGUGCAUCGUCCUUGUGAAUGCAGUACGAGAUUAUAUGUAUAAAAAGUUGUUCAGAUUAA